GCAUACGACAGACAGACAACUUUGAAGUCAUUCAUUCCUUUUUACUUUCGAACUAAACGAAAUCAGUCAAUUUUUCUUGAAAAAUACGCAGCAAAAUUGGGGAAUCCUUUAAAUUUAAACAUAUUACAUAUAAUUUUCAUACGUCAACAUCAUCCAUUCAUCGCCUCAUCGACCGAGUGAUUGCACACCGCUGUGAUAAAAGAUGAGUGACUUACAAAUGGAUUGUGCCCUCGAUCUGAUGCGUCGGUUACCGCCACAACAAAUCGAAAAAAAUCUUAUCGAUCUUAUUGAUUUGGCGCCUUCUCUUUGCGAAGAUUUACUAACUUCGGUUGAUCAACCUCUUAAAAUUGCAAAGGACAAAGAGACAGGAAAAGAUUAUUUACUUUGUGAUUACAAUCGAGAUGGGGAUUCAUAUCGUUCACCGUGGUCCAACACCUAUGAUCCGCCACUAGAAGACGGCUCAAUGCCGUCAGAACGUCUAAGAAAACUCGAAAUCGAAGCAAAUCAUGCCUUUGAUCAGUAUCGAGAAAUGUAUUAUGAAGGUGGAGUAUCAUCAGCUUAUUUAUGGGAUCUUGACCAUGGCUUUGCUGGUGUUAUUUUAAUCAAAAAAGCAGGAGAUGGUAAUAAGAAGAUAAAAGGUUGUUGGGAUUCUAUACAUGUUGUUGAAGUCCAAGAGAAGAGUUCAGGUCGUCCCGCUCAUUAUAAGCUUACAUCAACAGCCAUGCUUUGGCUUCAAACUAACAAGCAAGCAUCUGGAACGAUGAAUCUUGGAGGAAGUUUAACACGUCAAAUUGAACAGGAUUCGCCUGUUAGUGAGACAUCACCGCAUAUUGCCAACAUCGGUCGAAUGAUUGAGGAUAUGGAAAAUAAAAUUCGCAAUACUCUCAAUGAGAUUUAUUUCGGCAAAACUAAGGAUGUGGUAAAUGGUUUACGAUCAGUGGAUGUUCUCGCUGAUCAAAAGCAAAAAGCGGCAAUGAAGCAAGACUUGGCAAAUGCUAUUCUACGACGUAAUGCCAAGAACGAGUGACUGUCAGUUCAUGAUCAGUGGGACUGGAUUGUUGAGGAUACGAUUUUUGGUUUUGAUUUUCUUUAAGAAUUUUUAUAAUUUCGUGUCCAAGCUGUCAAAGUAACGCCGAUUAAUGAACAAUCAACAACAUUUUAACUUAUAAUUUAUAAUUUCCAAAAAUAUUAUCUUAACGGGACUUCUUGAGCAAAGAGAAAGGAAUGUUUCUCUAUCCAGCUUAGAAACCAACGAAGAUCGACUUUUUCGUUAAAAAAGUAAGAAAUUUAAAAAGAGGAAAAAAAAUCUUUUAAUUCAAUAACAAAGUUUAAGAUUUUUCCAACAUAAAUUAUUCGAUUUGCACGAUUAUUGAUUAAUUGAAACAAGCAUAAUCCAUAAAAGUAUUUUUCACCCAUGCGGACAGAGAAACUAGGAUUUCUCUUUUAGGCAUUUAAAAAGUCCGAAAUAAAAUUAACUGAUAAGAAACACUUCAUGUUAUCCAACAACUAGAGUUGCGCAAGGCAGAAAAACCGUUAGGAUUAACAUUAAUUAUUGCAUUUCCCUUAAUCUUGCAACAGUUAAAGGCUCUUAUUUUUUAUUUUUUCAUUUUGUGUCCAUGUAGUGUAUCAUAUAAUUUUUUUUAUCGCAUAGAAUAAAAGCGGCGUUCAAGUUCUAUUAAUAAAAAAAAAACAAAUCAAAACAACUUUUUAAUCAUUUUAGCGAAAUAAAAACAGUUGAUCAUUGUUGCCGGAACACUAAU